GUUGCCUGGCCUGCUCAGUAGCGAACAUCUCUGUGAUGUCGACUGUUGUGAUCUGUGCUGUGAGAUCUGCGAUAAGUGGUUACGUUUUUAGUGUGUGAAAUUUUCUUUAUUUUCAAAAUUUGUGGUGUUCUGUGCUUUUAGUUUUAAUUAGAUACAUACAUGCUUAAACAAGUGAAUGAAAACAUCGUCUGAAUGAUAUUGGAAUAAACAAUUUCGAUUUGUGCUGGAUACAGUCAACCACCCAUUUCAAGGCUGAGGAGUAGCAGUAAGGGGGGAGGAUGUCUCACCAUAGCGACGACAUGAUGCUGAUAGCAUCGUCGGACUCGUUCUGGGAGCCGGGCAACUACAAGCGCACCACCAAACGCAUCGAGGAUGGCUACAAGUUGUGCAACGACCUCGUCACACUCAUCCAGGAGCGAGCCGACAUCGAGAAGGCCUACGCCAAGAGCCUCAAGGGCUGGUCCAAGAAGUGGACUGACCUCAUAGAAAAAGGUCCAGAAUACGGAACAUCGGAAGCAGCAUGGAAAGGAGCCCUAAUUGAAUCAGACCGAUUAUGUGACCUUCAUGUGAAGGUCAAGGACAAUCUCACCAAUGAAGUCAUACAGAAAGUGAAGAACUGGCAAAAGGACACCUACCACAAGUCAAUGAUCGCUAUCAAGGAACGAAAGGAAAUGGAAGAUACAUUCAAGAAGGCGCAGAAACCGUGGGGCAAACUACUGCAGAAGGUGAACAAGGCAAAGAGCGAUUACCACGCGGCGUGUAAAACGGAAAAAUCCGCCUCUAACCAGGAGAGAAACGCCACUGGUGAUAGCUCUUUAUCUAUGGAUCAGAGGGCGGCCUUGGUGAAAAAAAUGCAGGACCGUGUACAGAAAACGAAAGAAGAUGUACAGCGCGCUAAAGAGAAAUACGAAUUGGCGCUUCAGGAGUUGAACAGUUACAAUCCAAAAUACAUGGAGGACAUGACAGUAGUAUUCAACAAGUGCCAAGAAAUGGAAACACAGAGGUUGCAGUUCUUCAAAGAAGUUCUAUUCAGCAUACACAAGUGUUUAAACAUUUCACAAGAUCCACUGCUUCCACAAAUCUACGAAGAAUUCUACCAUACAGUGAACAACGCCGACCACGAAAAGGAUUUGAAAUGGUGGUCGAAUAAUCACGGAGUAAAUAUGGCAAUGAACUGGCCCCAAUUUGAGGACUACACCGAAGAGUUUCGGGACAUAGCCAAAGGAAAGUCCAAGGACUCAAUCCCGGCCGGAAGUAUCACACUCAUUAAUCAGCGGCCUGUCGGCGAGGACUUGCAUGAAUUUCCACCGACCAAUCACAAGACUGCAUCGAAGAAGCCGCAGAUGUCGCACCCUCGAGUGAUCUCGACGAAUGGCGUCGACGCAGCCGACACGCAAAAGCAGCCCAACAACAAAUCGUCGCCCGAAAACAACGGACCUUCUGCUACUAUCACGAAUGGGAAUGGGAACAGUCCUGGUCGAGGGGGCGGAGAGGUGAAUCCGUUCGAGGAGGAGGAGUGGGACGAGGAGGGGGAGGGGGAUCCACUGGUGGACAACGGGGAACCGGGUGUGCCCGUGCGGGCGCUAUACGACUAUGAGGGCGCAGAGUCCGACGAACUUAGCUUCAAACAAGGUGAAGAAUUUGAGAAGCUUGAAGACGAAGACGAACAAGGAUGGUGUAAGGGUAGAAAAGGAGGGCGAGUCGGUCUCUAUCCGGCCAACUACGUUGAACCGGUUGCUUGAGACCAGUUGACCGCCGUUAGCUAAUCAACCGUUAACUCAACUAUCCAAAACAUAGGAACAGAAUUAAUCUAUACAGAGAUCGAUAGUGUGUUAUAUACAUAAAUCUAGUGAUAUGAGAUCGGACAGCGGACGUGUGUGUUUGGUGCGAGAAUCUUUCUAGAACAUUCUAGAAUCUAGAACAUUCUAAAAUCUAGAACAUUUUCGAUCGGAUUGAAGACCAACACCAGCUCAAUAACAACUACUAUACUGUAAUUAAUAUUCUUUGUAAAUUGGUUAAGUAUUUAAAUAAGUGCGAGGUUGUAAUAAUUUUAGGUCUUUGAAAAGGCUUAGACAAAAAAUUUGUUGGUGUAUUAAGAAACAAUUGAGACAGUAAGAACAAUUAAUUUUGAACUUGUUGGAAGAAAUGAAUACACGAAAUUUCAUCGUCAUUUACAAACGAAACAUAAAAAGCAGUUCUUCCUUUGUUACAAUAUUUAUUUUAUUCAUUUAUGCAUCACAUAUUUGUUAAUAUUAAUUGUGUGGCUGUCAGUUUGUUUGAAGGAUAAUACGAAUAAAAUGGCGUCAAUUUAUCCAGAGGAAUGUUGUUUUUCUUGUUUAUUUUAUUUUUGUUGAUAGAAUUAUUAUUGUUCUGUUUAAUUAUAUCCAAAUAAAAUGAUUUAGGUUAUUAUUGUACUUACAUGAAUUUGUACAUGUUAAAAUGUGUAUUUUAUGAAUUGAUUUAUCGAAGAGGAACUUAACAAGCGAUUAUUUUAUUUUCAUUCCUUAUAUUUAUGUUUCAUAUUGUAUGAUAAGCAUUGUAUUGUGCUAAUGUGUAAUGUUGAAAUAAUGUGGCUACUAAGAAAUAGUGGCAAUUUGUGCUAACAUCCGAUAAAUAAAUUGAAAUUGCUGCAACGUAUUCAAGUUGUACCUAGUGCCAAAAAUCAACAAUAUUCUACUAGCAGUGUAUUAUAUAUUUGAACCGAAAUUUAUUUAUUGAUAUUGAAUUACUGGAAUUGAACCUGAACAAAGUAAUGUAGUUAAUAACUGAAUACGGUAUCACAGCAUUUUCAAUUUAUUUGCUAACAGGUAUAGUUAAGAGGCAUAUUCGUGAAAGCUUGAACUUUAAAUUGAUAGUUAUCAAAGUAAUAAAAUGAUACGAAACUAUAUUAAAAUCAAAUAAUGUCAACAUAUUAUAGAACGAUAAGAUUGUCUUAUUGUAAAUUUUAUUAUUUAUCAAUUACAGCUUUAUUUUUGUUUU